UCCCGUCUUCACACUACCACCUCCUCACGUUGCCGCGAAGCCGCCCGCCUCUGCCCGCACAGCCCCGGCCAUGGCCCUGUAGCCGCGACCUCUCCGUGCCCCCCCCCCCCCCGCCGCCGGUCUCCGCGCUCACCGCGCCUGCGCCCUCCGCUCCCGCCUUCUUUCUUCAGCGGAGGCCGCCGCCGCCUCUCCUUGCCGCCGCCAUGGAGUCCUCUUUCACCUCGGUGUCCACCUGGGUCCACCUGAACCACCGCCAGAGCCGCCUCCCAGCCGUUGGUGUCAACUCCUUCGUUGCCGCCUGCACCCAGCGCCUCCGCCCCUACAGCCAUGUCACUGUUGGCGACCCUGGGGCUGGACCUGGACAGGACCCUGCUCCCAGCUAGCGGGCUGGGCUGGCUCGUAGACUAUGGGAAACUCCCCCUGGCCCCUGCCCCCCUGGGCCCCUAUGAGGUCCUUGGGGGAGCCCUGGAGGGCGGGCUUCCAGGGGGAGGGGAGCCCCUGGCAGGUGACGGCUUCUCUGACUGGAUGACUGAGCGGGUUGACUUCACAGCCCUCCUCCCUUUAGAACCCCCUCUCCCCUCCGGGGCCCUCCCCCCACCAUCCCCGCCCCCACCGGACCUGGAAGCCAUGGCCUCCCUCCUGAAGAAGGAGUUGGAGCAGAUGGAAGACUUCUUCCUUGAUGCCCCACUCCUCCCGCCCCCCUCCCCUCCUCCACCGCCCCCCCAGGCGCCUCCUCUCCCCCUACCCAGCUUUGACUUCCCCCAACCCCCGGCCCUGGAUACCCUCGACUUGCUGGCCAUCUAUUGCCGCAGCGAGACGACGGGACAGGGGGAUGCUGGGGGCUUGGCACCCCUGGCCCCACCCCAGCAGCCCCCUCCUCCCCCACCACCUCAGCCCUGUCGCCCAGCCCCCUACCCCAGCCCCGCGACCACCACCCGCGGGGACCGCAAGCAGAAGAAGAGAGACCAGAACAAGUCCGCAGCUCUGAGGUACCGCCAGAGGAAAAGAGCGGAGGGCGAGGCCCUGGAGGGGGAGUGCCAGGGGCUGGAGGCCCGCAACAGGGAGCUGAGGGAGAGGGCAGAGUCAGUGGAGCGGGAGAUCCAGUAUGUCAAGGACCUGCUCAUCGAGGUGUACAAGGCCCGGAGCCAGAGGACGCGCAGCAGCUAGAUGGGCAAGAGCCCGGGCCUCUAGGGCCCUGCCCUUCAGCUCUUGUUUUGGGGGCCGGGGUGGGAGCCCCCUCUACCACCAAGC